AGUCCCUUCUCUCCAAUUCAAAAAAUCAUUUUAUCAAUUCUCUCUCCUAAAUGAGACACACCCUAGUCCCUUCACAAGCCCUCUCCCCAAAUCUACAAAAUUCCCCCCCUUCUUCACAAAAAAAACCCCACAAUCAGCUGAAUAUCAGUGAUUGAUGGAGAAAACUUCAACAACAAAUUAACUCUGAUUGCUAAAACAUCUUGUUUUUAUCAGUUUUAGUUUUGUUUUAGGUAGGGGGUUCAGAAAUGCCUUUGAGAUCUGAUCAUGGAGAGGGAGGCUAACCUUCCAACAGCCCUAACUUCUUCUUCGCCAUCUAAAGAUAAUAAGAAUCUGGCUGAUACUCAUACUUCUCGCUCUUCCAUCACUUCUUCUUCCAAUAAUUCCCAGGAUUAUCUACGGGAUGUUCAGGCUGCUCUCAAGCGCCACAGACCUCUCUGUACAAUGCAGUCAAGUAGUAUUCAACCUAGACGUAUUUUUCUUCCACAGAGGCAAAAAUCAAGACCCAUUGAUUCUAUUGCUGGAUUUACAGAAGAGACUGACAAAUCACAAGACUUGGCAUCAUUAAGACAGUCUAGUACUGCAGCUGAGGAGUUAAUUCAUCAGCGAAAUCCUUAUGAAUCAUCGACCAACCCACCUCCCGUUACGGGGACAUUUACAAGUUCAGAUCCUAAUGAUAAUGUUGCUGAUAUUAACAAUAAUGUACAGCAGAACAUCUCAACGUUUGAAUGUCAGAAUAAGAAGGUUCAGUUUUAUUUGGAUGAAAAGAGGGCCGAUGAGCGUAUUAUGGCCACUGAAAUGGACUACUUGUCGUCUCACAUGAGUUCUGUUGCAUUCACAGAAAUGGAUUACGAUGUGAAUAGUCAUGUCGAGAUGUCAGCAGAUCACAAUUACAAUACGAACGAGCAACAUUCGCAGAAGUUAGGAAUUCUCGAGAGGUCAACUAGUGGGAUUUCUUCGUUGUUAGCCAAGAGGAGCAUGCUGGUACAGGAUCAGCAACACCAAUUUGCGGAGUUUGUUGGGAAGAAUCCGAUUGUUCAAUCUUCAGUUGUCGAGUCAUCAUGUGCGACUACAACAUCUGUCCAUUCGAGAUCUGCACCCAUGCUUAGUUCUACAACAUACGAAGCUCAAUGCCGUGGUAACACUUCUCAUAUGGAAAUCAAAAAUGUAGAUACAAACCCUCAAGCUAAAAAUCUUGGAUUUUCAGUGCACCCACCAUGUUCUACAUCUCAAUCUGCCAGUGCAGUGUUAGCUGACCAGCCAACCCAAGCAUCUAUCUCUGCUGUGGAAACUUCUUUAGUUCAUCAUAAUUCUAAGGGUCAGCAAGGCUGUGCGCUUGUGGGGAGUGAUGGUUUGAAGGAUGGAGUUGAUGACCAUGCAAUGGAUUCUUCUAUUGUCCAUGAUAGUUUCAUCAAAGGGAAAGUGUCUUCUGCUGAUAUCACCGAUGUACAAUCACAAGCUCCUCAAACGAAAAGCUCAUAUUCAGAUGCUAGACUGGAGUCAUCUAAUCCUGAUAAGCCUUCUAAAUCCUUAAGUAACAAAGGUUCAUCAGCUCCUCGAAAGAAAGGUUAUAAUCCAGAUGUGUUCUUUAAAGUUAAUGGGACACUGUAUCAGAAGCUGGGGAAGAUUGGUAGUGGAGGAAGCAGUGAGGUUCACAAGGUCAUUACAUCAGAUUGUACCAUCUAUGCUCUAAAGAAGAUUAAGCUAAAAGGUCGUGAUUACUCUACUGCUUUUGGGUUUUGUCAGGAAAUCGAAUAUCUAAACAAGCUGAAGGGGAGGAAGAACAUUAUACAACUGAUUGAUUAUGAGGUGACAGAUAAGAUUUUGCUCAAGGAAGUAUUGAAUGGCACCAUGAGUAUCAAGGAUGGGAAAAUCAAGGAUGAUGGAUAUGUAUACAUGGUACUAGAAUAUGGAGAGAUUGAUUUGGCUCAUAUGCUGUCCCACGAGUGGAAUGAAAUGGAGCGCUCCAACUUGAGUAUGGACGAAAAUUGGUUGCGGUUCUAUUGGAAGCAAAUACUUCAAGCUGUAAACACAAUACAUGAGGAGCGUAUUGUGCAUUCUGAUUUGAAGCCAGCUAAUUUCCUCCUUGUCAGAGGCUCCUUGAAGCUGAUUGAUUUUGGGAUUGCCAAAGCUAUAAAUAAUGAUACGACUAACAUUCAGCGGGAUUCACAGGCUGGUACAGUGAGCUACAUGUCUCCAGAAGCUUUCAUGUGCAAUGAAACUGAUGCUGAUGGAAAUGCUAUAAAGUGUGGUCGACCAUCAGAUAUCUGGUCCCUUGGCUGCAUCCUGUAUCAAAUGGUCUAUGGGAGAACACCAUUUGCCGAAUACAAGACUUUCUUUACAAAAUUCAAGGCGAUCACAGAUAGAAAUCAUGAAAUCCCCUAUGAACCAGUUUCAAAUCCAUUGUUAAUUGAUCUAAUGAAGAAAUGCCUUGCAUGGGAUCGCAAUGAAAGGUGGCGGAUACCUCAGUUGCUCCAACAUCCCUUCCUAGUCCCUCCAAUACCGACUUCUCACUUAUCUUGCCCCCAGCUAGACCCAAGACAUAGACUGCAGGAAGCAUCUAGGUUAUGUUCUCAGAUCCUAAAUGGUUGGACAGACGCCAGUAAACCAUUGUCAUCACUGUUGAAUAUCUCUUCGGCAUCACAAGAGAAGCACUCUGAGUUGAUACUGCAAUUUUUAAGACUUGGUCAGCAAAUCGAACAGUUAAAUAUCGGGAAAGAUGUAGAAUAGAAGAUCCACUUCUGUAAACUCAACUAUUUUAGCUUGUAGUGCCCAUUUAUAUCCCAUUCCCCGUUUGUGCAGUUCUAUGAUCUCAUUAUGUGCAACUGUUGUUUUAUUUCGUCCAUAGAUGAGAAAUAUGAGAAAUUAGUGUAGAUUGUAUUGUUGAGAUACAUUUUACUGCAAGAUACACACUGUUCUUGUUAUUGGGUUGUAUGUGUGUAGCUUUACAUAUGAUUUUUGAUAUAAUCUAUCCGUGCCCUUGAAUA